CACCCCUCUCUCUCUCUCUCUGUGUCUGUGUGUGCUUCUCUCUGUACCUCGAGCUCCACAACCAUGGAGAACUUCGGCAGCGAACUCAAUCAUUUCUGGGAGACGCAAGUGUUCUACCAAACCGAAGAGCUCGACGGCAGCUGGGCACUGGACGAGGCAAUCUCCGGCUACUACGACUCGAGCUCUCCAGAUGGCAACGCUUCGUCGUCGACGACCUCCAAGAAUAUUGUCUCCGAGAGGAAUCGCAGGAAGAAGCUCAACGAACGGCUCUUCGCUCUCAGAGCAGUGGUUCCCAAUAUUAGCAAGAUGGAUAAGGCGUCGAUCAUAAAGGAUGCGAUCGAGUACAUUCAGCACUUGCACGAACAAGAGAAGAGCAUCGAAGCAGAGAUAAUGGAGCUUGAAUCUGGCAAGAACAUGAACAUGAACAUGAACAUGAUGAGUAGCAACAGCGGGAAUCAGAAUUCAAGGUUUGAAUAUGAACAAGACCUGCCUGUGCUUCUCAGGUCCAAGAGGAACAAGACAGAGCAGCAGCUUUUUGAGUCCGUCAGCGCAAGAAAUCCCCCCAUUGAAGUCCAUGAGCUGAGAGUGACAUACAUGGGAGAGAAGACGGUGGUGGUGAGCUUGGCGUGCAGCAAGAGGACAGACACAAUGGUAAAGCUGUGUGAAGUGUUUGAAUCUUUGAAGCUCAAGAUUAUCACCGCCAACAUCACCUCUUUCUCCGGCCGCCUCCUCCACACCCUCUUCAUUCAGGCGGAUGAGGAAGAGAAAGAUGUUGUACAGAUAAAGAUCCAAGCAGCCAUUGCGGCACUCAAUGAUCUUGAAAGCCCAAUGAGCAUGUAAUCACCCAAAAAAAAAAAAAAAGAGUCUAAUUAGUUAGGGGGUUCUUGUCGGUUCACUAGUCUGUGUCUUCUUCUUAUCUUUCUUUAUCACUCAUAUUAAGAGUCUUCAGAUGACUUAGUCUUAGAGUUAAUGUUCUUUCCAAUGUCUAAAAGCCACGUGUAAUCGCUGUGAGCGCUUUGUCAUUGCUGAGUAAUAAUAAAAGUUGCAUUUCAUACACUCAUGGAUCCGUUAUAUAUCUUACAUUAAUAAAACUAUAAUUAAUUUUU